AUGGUGUCCAGUACAUCUUCCAAGUCGACGGUGCGGAUCCUGUCCUUCUUGCUCAUCGUCGCACUUCUCUACAUCGUCACUGUUCCAGCACACCCAACAAGAAGAACCAGAUUAUCGCCAGCGGCAAGCCCAGACCAAGACCAAGAUAUCUCGCGUACUAUCUGGGACAUUCCACACUUGAAGCCUGCCGAGGAAGAGAGUACACCCGCAGCCUGGGAAGACGCUAGCAGUGACAACAAGGCGGAAGAGGAGGAGAAGCAAAAGCCAGAGGAGGAUGAAGAACGCCCCAGCGACGUUGGAGACCACAUCUCAACCGGCAAGGAAGCUGUCGACGACGAGCAACUGACCGAAGAAGAGAAAGCCGUACAAGACUACCACCAAGAGCACGGUCAGAACCAACCCACUAGAGACCGUCCAAAGGUGCCGGCCAAAGCAGAUGGCACUCCAAGCUCAGCAGCAGCCUCAUCACCCACCCCAAUCCUCACAGAGAUCAACCUACCCGAAAUUCGCCAUCACACCCAAAUCAACAACGCCUCGGCCGCCGAACACCUCAUCCUCGUCGUCACACACGAGGAGUCGCACUGGGGUCAUGUCAAUGGCAAACCACGCACCUUCCCCACCUUUCUCGAACUGCUAAACGACACCUCCGGCCUGCCUCCCUCCUCAAUCUCGUUCGCAGUCCUCACAACCACAGAGUCAGCAUACAACUCCUACGUCUCGCACCUCGCUUCCCACCCUACCCUUGCAAAAGCACAGGUAAUCCUCUACACUCCAACAACCCCCGAAGAAAAAGGCCCCGAAGACCGCCAUGCAGAUUCCUUCCAGGCAGUCCGUCGCCGUCAAAUCGCCAUUGCGAGGAACAUUCUGCUCUUCCGUGCGUUGACCACUGAACCACACAUCUUCUACUACGACGCCGAUAUCGUGGACGCAACGCCAAACAUUUGCGCCCAAAUGCUCAAACAAGCCGCCAAUCCAAAAAUCACCAAAAAUCCUGGCAUCACCAUGCCAGAGAAGGUUUUGCCUGUGGGAAUGAUCACUACCAGGGCUUCGGAUGGCAACACCUACGACUACGAUCGUAAUGCUUGGUACCACCGUGGCAGUGUGCGCAAAGACAGAGAUCAGCAUAUGCAAGACUUGCUGCCUUUUGCAAGUGCUGACGAGAUAUUCCCGCUGGAUACUGUGGGUGGCACGCUGCUGUAUAUCAACGCCGUCUUGUACUAG